CGAUACACCGUCGAUACACGAAAUCGGUCGACUCUUUUCCCCGGCCCGGCAAUAGGAACGGCACACAGAACGAUACUUCAAACAUUCUGUUGCGUCGAUCCGCGGAGAGAACAAUGGCAUAUUCCGAAAGCGACACUAGCAGAAGCAGCAGUGGAUUGGAAAGAAAGAGGCCCGGCCGACCGAUCUACACACAGACAACAACAACAACAACGACGAAACCAAAACGACGACGCAAGCGCGGCCGCCAUUUUCCCCACUGCGGUCCGGUUGUCCCGAAUUCCAACCACCAUCCUCUGGUGGCCGUGUUCCGGAAGGCGUGCGCGUGCAUCGCGAUACUAAGCAUCACCACGACCAUGUCGUGGUCGUAUCACUCUAGAACGAUCCGCGGAAAGGGAAGGGGCACAGCAGCAACCAUGCCAACCCGGGUGUUGUUGGCAGAAGCCUUUCGACAAGGUGUGGGUUCCGCCCGUGUGUCGCGUUCCUACCCGGUUCCAAACCAAGGAAAACACCGGUGGUUCCACCGAAUCCGAAACGAUUCACAGACACGCCGCUUCUGCUGCUACAACGCGCACCACCAUUCCGCCCACACCACCCACUCUUCUCCUUUUUCGCGGCAACACGCGAUCGGAACCGCCGUGGGAGCCACCCGCACGGGGACGCCGCGCUUCCUGUUUUCGACCGCCGGUGCGGAUGCGGGAUCUGCCACCAGCGACGGGGGGUGCGACUCCGGUUUCCCCGCGACCGCGGAACCCACCGAGACGCCCUUCGGCGGAGACUACGAUCCAUGCUGGAAGGAUUCGCCACUGGUCAACCCGAGCAUCACCUUCGAUACGCUGUUGGUGCCAUCGGCACAGCUCACCAGGUGGAUCACCCACCCAGAGCUCCAGCACCGGUUGGCCAAGCCCGACAACUGGGGAUUCCUGAAGCACGUCCACCCGCGCAUCAAGAUGGUCCAGGAUUACGAACCCGGAGAAGGGGACGAACCCCCGACCGACGCGGGCCGCCACACGCGCUACAAACAGCUCUUGCUCCUGCCCUCGUCGGUCCCGAAAGGGGCGUCCAACCACACGGCCACGGGCGUGCCGCCCGGACCGCAACAAACCGACGGAGGCGACGACGUUUGGCUGGCCGGCCUGCUGGCAUCGCCAUCCGACGAAUCGGGCGGCGAAGAAGCUACCGUUGCUUGGGGCCCGCCCCGAACCAUGCCCAUUGCCUACCACCAGCUCAGCUUUCAAUACCUGCUGAAGCGACUCCUCCCGGAGGAGGUGCACCCCCCUCCCUCGGCCUACGAGCAGAUCGGGCACGUGGCACACUUCAACCUGAAGGAGAAGCACCUGCCCUUUGGCAGGCUGAUCGGAGAGGCUCUCCUGGCCAGCAGUACCACGUCGUCGGGCGGGAGCAACCACCAGAACAGCAACUCCAUAAAGACGGUCGUCAACAAACUCGGAAAGGUAGACGGGAAGUUCCGAACCUACGAGUGCCAGAUCCUGGCGGAUGCCUUUUUGCCGGAUGCACGCAACAGCGCACGAAACGACGACGGAAGUACCACCCACCACCAUCCGUCGUCGUCGCUCGAAACGACCGUCGUGGAGGACGGGGUUUCCAUUCGAUUGAACGUGGCGGAGUGCUAUUGGUGCACGAGGCUCUCGGGGGAACGCAAGGAACUCGUGAAGGACAUUGUGUGUCGCUCGAACCCAAGCAGUGACAACCCGGUGGUGGUGGCCGACGUCUUUUGCGGUGCCGGUGCGGUCUGCAUGCUUCUGGCGAAAAAAAUCCGGGAACGGACCAGGUCGCAUCAGCAGCAGCUGCUGCCACGGAAACAGAAGGAGGGCAAAGGGGCACAGCCACCAAUUCUGACCGUCCUGGCCAACGACUGGAAUCCAAAGGCGAUCGAGUACAUGGAACAAUCCAUCGCCGCCAACGGAAUGGACAAUAAGGAAAAAGACGAUGGGAACUUGAUCCAAAGUUUCCACAGAUUCGAAUUAUCUUGUCGGGAUUCCUACGACUUUUUGUUCGAGCUGGGGGAAGAACUGCCGGUACCGAUGCCGCCAUCCCCAAAGGUUAGGAGAAAUCGAAAGCUAGGGCGGAAACCAGCGAAAAAUGUUCCGGCCGCUGCCGAUUCCCCUAGAACGACGGAGGACAGCAACGACAGAACCAAGAGGAUACAAUGGGAGCAGAAGCGCAAGCCACUCCCGGACCACGUGCUGAUGAAUUUUCCUCUCGAGGCUCCCCGCUUCCUGGGUGCCCUCCGGUGGUGGUCUUGGAAGAGACUGGAACAAGGUCACCUCGAAAAGAGCACCGCCCACCAAACUUGGUUCCCCCGUUUUCAUGUGUAUACCUUUGCGCGUUCCUCUGAACCCAAGGCCGGCGACGAGGAAGAAAUGGCAAUCAACGUCGUGGCCAACGAACUGCUGCCACCGUACGUGUUCGCCGACGAAACGUGUCAUGGCAAUCGCAGUGCCGAUGGUGAUCGAGACGAAAACGAACAGAUCGAGGUCGCAAAGACCGUCGUCUUUCGACGCAAAGAACUGAACGAGGAAUUCGGAACAGACAUUUCGACACGAAUGGUCCGCGAUGUGGCACCGGGAAAAGUCGUCGUGUGUGUCAGUUUUAGCGUGACGCCGAAGCUUAUUAGGUACAUGCAGGGAGACUAUUCCUAGUCCAAUGUCAAAAUAGUCAACCAAGAAACAUCACGCAAUUAU